CCGGCCAUGGAAGUCCGCAUCAACGUCUCGCGGCAGCAGGUGGAGAAGGUGUUCGGGCUGGAAGAGUACUGGUGCCAGUGCGUGGCGUGGAGCUCCUCGGGCACCACCAAGAGCCAGAAGGCCUAUAUCCGUAUCGCCUAUUUGCGCAAGAACUUUGAACAGGAGCCGCUGGCCAAGGAGGUGUCCCUGGAGCAGGGCAUCGUGCUGCCCUGCCGCCCCCCAGAGGGCAUCCCCCCAGCCGAGGUGGAGUGGCUGCGCAACGAGGACCUGGUGGACCCGUCCCUGGACCCCAACGUGUACAUCACGCGGGAGCACAGCCUGGUGGUGCGCCAGGCCCGCCUGGCCGACACGGCCAACUACACCUGUGUGGCCAAGAACAUCGUGGCUAAGCGCCGCAGCACCACUGCCACCAUCAUCGUCUACGUGAAUGGCGGCUGGUCCAGCUGGGCAGAAUGGUCACCCUGUUCCAACCGCUGUGGCCGAGGCUGGCAGAAGCGCACGCGGACCUGCACCAACCCCGCCCCGCUCAACGGAGGUGCCUUCUGCGAGGGCCAGGCCUUCCAGAAAACGGCCUGCACCACUGUGUGCCCAGUUGAUGGAGCGUGGACAGAGUGGAGCAAGUGGUCGGCCUGCAGCACGGAGUGUGCCCACUGGCGCAGCCGGGAGUGCAUGGCGCCCCCACCCCAGAACGGAGGCCGGGACUGCAGCGGGACACUGCUCGACUCCAAGAACUGCACAGACGGGCUGUGCAUGCAAAAUAAGAAAACUCUAGGCGACCCCAAAGGCCACCUCCUGGAGGCCUCGGGGGAUGUGGCGCUGUAUGCAGGCCUCGUGGUGGCCAUCUUCGUGGUUGUGGCGGUCCUCAUGGUGGUGGGGGUGGUGGUGUACCGACACAACUGCCGCGACUUCGACGCCGACAUCACCGACUCCUCUGCCGCCCUCACCGGCGGCUUCCACCCAGUCAACUUCAAGACUGCGAGGCCCAGCAACCCACAGCUCCUGCAUCCAUCAGUCCCUCCCGACCUGACGGCCAGCGCCAGCAUCUACCGUGGACCCGUGUAUGCCCUGCAGGACUCGGCCGACAAGAUCCCCAUGACCAACUCACCCCUGCUUGACCCCCUGCCCAGCCUCAAGAUCAAGGUCUACAACUCUAACACCACUGGCUCUGCGCCAGGCCUGCCAGACGGGGCCGACCUGCUGGGUGUCCUGCCACCUGGCACGUAUCCUGGCGAUUUCACUCGGGAUGCCCACUUCCUGCACCUGCGCAGUGCCAGCCUCGGCUCCCAGCAGCUCCUGGGCCUGCCCCGAGACCCGGGGAGCAGCGUCAGCGGCACCUUUGGUUGCCUGGGCGGGAGGCUCAGCAUUCCUGGCACAGGUGUCAGCCUGCUGGUGCCCAAUGGAGCUAUUCCCCAGGGCAAGUUCUACGAGAUGUACCUGCUUAUCAACAAGGCAGAAAACACCCUCCCGCUUUCGGAAGGGACACAGACAGUAUUGAGCCCCUCAGUGACCUGCGGACCCACGGGCCUCCUGCUGUGCCGCCCUGUCAUCCUCACUGUGCCCCACUGUGCUGAAGUCAGUGCUGGCGACUGGAUCUUCCAGCUCAAGACUCAGGCCCACCAGGGCCACUGGGAGGAGGUGGUGACCUUGGAUGAGGAGACCCUGAACACCCCCUGCUACUGCCAACUGGAGGCCAGGUCCUGCCACAUCCUGCUGGACCAGCUGGGCACCUACGUGUUCAUGGGAGAGUCCUACUCCCGCUCGGCAGUCAAGCGGCUGCAGCUGGCCAUCUUCGCACCCGCCCUCUGCACCUCGCUGGAGUACAGCCUCCGGGUCUACUGCCUGGAGGACACACCCGUAGCUCUGAAGGAGGUGCUGGAGCUGGAGCGGACGCUGGGUGGCUACCUGGUAGAAGAGCCCAAGCCCCUGCUGUUUAAGGACAGCUACCACAACCUGCGCCUGUCUCUCCAUGACAUCCCGCACGCCCACUGGAGGAGCAAGCUGCUGGCCAAGUACCAGGAGAUCCCCUUUUAUCAUAUUUGGAGCGGCAGCCAGAAGGCCCUGCACUGCACUUUCACGCUGGAGAGGCACAGCCUGGCUUCCACGGAGCUCACCUGCAAGAUCUGCGUGCGGCAGGUGGAAGGGGAGGGCCAGAUAUUUCAGCUGCACACCACGCUGGCAGAGACACCUGCUGGCUCCCUGGAUGCCCUCUGUUCUGCCCCUGGCAGCGUCGUCACCACCCAGCUGGGACCCUAUGCCUUCAAGAUCCCGCUGUCCAUCCGCCAGAAGAUAUGUAAUAGCCUCGACGCCCCCAACUCGAGGGGCAACGACUGGCGGCUAUUGGCGCAGAAGCUCUCCAUGGACCGGUACCUGAAUUACUUUGCCACCAAAGCGAGCCCCACGGGUGUGAUCCUGGACCUCUGGGAAGCUCUGCAGCAAGACGACGGAGACCUCAACAGCCUGGCGAGUGCCUUGGAGGAGAUGGGCAAGAGCGAGAUGCUGGUGGCCAUGGCCACCGAUGGGGACUGCUGAGCUACCUGGACCACAGGCUGGCAGGGACUGGCAGGAGGCAGGUGCAGGGAGGCCCAGGGCAGCCUCCUGAUGGACAUUCGGCCUCCGCUGCCCCAGCUCACUGCCAGAGCUGCCCCCUCCUCCUCCCCAGCCCCGGCCCCCAGACCACGACCAGCCUUAGAGAAUGUGUGUGCUCUGUUGCAGAGAGGGCCCAGUGUUCCGCCUCCAUCCUGCUGUCUCUCUCCUGGCCUCAGACCCCUGCAGGUGUGGGAAUUGAAUGGGACUGAGGCCUCUGCAGGCAGUUGGAGAGGCAAGGAGGUAGCCCUCUCUCACCCCAUCCUUCCCCCUCAGCCCUGCAACCUCUGGGCUCCGUGGGUUUUAGUCCAUUUCUUGGUUUUCUUCCUCAGUUACUGACUCCUCCCUCCUCCCGAAGCCCCUCCUGCCCCCAUACCCUUUUCCUCUUUGAAGAGUCAGAUACAAUUCAGACAGACUGCUUUCUCCCAUCCAAGAGACAGGAAACGGAGAGAAAGAGUGCUUCAGACCACUAGUCAGGCGUAAAGAAGAAAUACACCAAAACCACAGGGAAAAGAAAAACCCAGUUUCUUAGGAAACGCCAAUGAUUUAUUAUCCAGAUACUUGGAUAAGUCCUUUUUAAGAAAAAAAAAAAUGAAAAACAACACAAAAAAAUAGAAAACUCUUUUCUUGAGUGUGGCUGACGGGCAGGAGUGCCCGUGUGUGCGCGUGUGUGGGUGGGGGGGCGUUUAUCAGGGAGAGAGACUGAACAGGGAAGCCUUUGCUGCUAAGGAGUGCAUCUUGUACUAAUUCUGGCAAGGCCUCAGGUUCCCCAGCUGGACCGGGAGUAGGUUAGGCAGUUUCACCAUGGUACUGAGUCUCCCUCAGAGCUUAAGUAGAUGCUGAAUUCGCAAAACAAGGAGCCCUGGAGACUCUGGAGUGGGUGGGGUCCUCCCUCUUGCAGCCCCAGAAGAUGCCCCUCAGGCUUGGUCUCUCUGGGCUUCUGGGAACUGAGGUUAAGGCCCUGGUAUCUAAAUUGGGAUGGACCAGGCCAGCUGUGAGCCAGGGAGGAUGUUCUGGUCUGGUCUUAGUCUAGUGGCUCCUGGAGAAGGCGGCAUGGCUGAGAUGGGGCUGGAGCAGACUAAGCAUGGGAGGAGGAUCCUACUGGGCACUCUCGAGGGGGGAGGGUCCUGGGUAGCUUUACUCUGGGCAGGGCCAGCCAGCACACCCCACAUCUCACCCCAGCCCA